AUGGUGUACGAUUGGGAUGGCAAGGAAGCGGAAUGCUAUCGCUUGUAUGUCGAGGAGAGGUUGACAGUCGAUGCUGUCAUGCGGCACUAUGCCUCUCUUGGGUUCAGCCCCAGCAAGCGUGCAUUCCAAACACAGUUCAAGCGCUGGGAUUUCCCGAGCAAGCAAAAUCCCGCUCACAAGAAUGAGGCGCUCGUCGCCAGAGUCAAGGAGCUAUGGGAGAGGAACACAAGUCAGAAGGAGAUGCUGCGCAUCCUCAAUAGCGAGGGCUUCGAUAUCAAGGAGCGGGAACUUAUGAGGCUGCGCGCCAGGAAUAGAUGGCUGCUGAGGGUACCCAACGGCAUGCAGGCCCGAGGCCACGCUGCUCCACCUACUCCGCAAGCAGACAACGAGACCCAUAAUUCCGCGCAAGGAACCUACCCCGACGCUGCUUCCGCAUCAGUAACGCCGAUAGAACAAACCGAAGCGGAACGGGAGGCUUCUCCCGAGCCACUGCCAGAGGUGCGUCAGAAGAGACAGCUUCGCCUGAACAAACUUCAAACGGAGAGCGAUGAGCGUUGGCGAACUCGUAAGCGCAGACGGCGAACACGCGGAUGGGCAGGCCUGCCUGCCGACCCUCAAGGACCCCCACGGUUUCCUUCUGAGACCACCAUCGACGAGAGCAAGCUGUACUUGAACCUGGACAACGCACAAUAUCGGCAAGUACGGGAUCAGUUCCAGGAUAUCUGCGAGGAGGAAGGCGUUGCAAAGAAGACCAUCGCCGGCGCUGAGAAAUGGCAAGCGGUCAAGGACAGGCUCGUCAGGGAGAACCAACACUUGCAGGCCGCUAUUUGGAAUGAUCAGCUGCACACGCCGGCGCAAAAGGCUCUUGCGUUAGACGUGGUUUGCACAGACGUCACGAAGCGUAUGCGAACUCUCGAACACAGGAUGACAAUAGCAGAAGCGAAGAAUGCUCUCUCAAUCAACCCCGAGGAGAGCAGGCAAAUCAGAAACGCUUUCUACGCAAUCCUCAAAGCCGAUUGUUUUACAAGUAAGCUUGAGGCCGGUGACCAGCAUUGGCAGGAAUUGAAGAGACAGUGGAUCGCAGACUCGGAGCUACUUCAGCGCAUACUUGCCCCUGGAGCUUCAGACCCAGACCAUUUCCUUAAGGUCAAAGCUAUUGAGGUCCUCUGCCGGGAUGUCAUGAAACGACUGCGCGACGACCAAACCAAGCGCGAUCCAACGCGGAAGAAGCAAGCCAGCAGUGGCCCUGGUCCCGGCCCAGCUCCACCCAGGCCGGCCGCUCAAUUGAACGUUUCAACGACACUUGACCACACCAGCACUGCCUCCACUGCGCAAAUGACGCCAAUCCAUACCAGCUCCGAGCAGCUCGCCACUUCCCACUCUGACUUGCAGAUAGAUCCUUCCCUCCUUCUAGCCGCGCAUGACUCCUCCAUAGCAGCAGCACAACACCAGCAAGCCUCACACGAUCAACAAUCUCAGUACAGUGCAGCAAAUCACCAAGCGUCCGCAUACCCCAUCAACAGCUAUGCGCCAAGUGCCUACCCGCCCCAACCGCAAGCCAUCGCCAUCUUCUGCCGCCUGUCUGCCAUAUCGCCCGUUCAACGGGAGCCUAAGAUCUGGCUGGAUGUUCUGGCGACUGGCACCAUUGCAGAGCUGCGGCACCUUAUUCUGACUAAGCAUCCCGGUACCGCAGUCGCUCGGCUUGAAGGUGUAGUAAGCGACCAGAAUGUUCAAGACAUAUUGUAUCCUUUGGAUCGAGAUGAUGAGUUAUAUAGCUAUCUGGCGCAUGUUUCGGGUGGAAAGGCGACUUUUGUCGUGCAUCUUGUAGAGAGUUACACUUGA